UAUUCAAUACAAUAUGUAACCAAAACCAGAGACAAACAGCUAACUAACUAAUAAUUAAAAAAAUAUGGAGUAAUAAUAAUAAUAAUAAUCGUAAAAAUAUAUUUAUAUAAUUUUGUGAUACUAUCCAGUUUAUGUGGCUUAUCCAUUAAGUUGGUUGAUUGGUGUCUGAGUGUGUAGGUGGGUGCCCGACAUUUGUUAUUAUCAACAAUAACAAACCAAACAAAAAAAUCUGGUCAACCAUAUUGUGUUAUUAUAAAGAAUUGUCACCAAAAAAAAAAACAUCAAAGAAGUCGAAGAAACCCUUUGAAAGCCACUUCACUGCUAGACAUUGAAGAUCUGUUGUGUGGGAAGAGAUAGAGAGAGUCGGAGAGAGUGGUCACCAAAAAAAAAUCAAUCUUCAGUUGUAUUAACCGACUGAAGGUGUUUAUCAUCGAUGAUCACAACAACAACAAUAUAUUAAUCAAUUGAUAAUCAACAACAACAACAACAACAUCGACAACAACAACAAAGAUAAUGAUUUAUUGUCGGCUAUUGUUGUCGAUGGUGGCCAUCAUUCUGGUUGGCAAUCAGUUUAACAAUAUUGCGGCCAACGAUAACGUCGGUUGUCUAUUCAGUGAUGAACUUUGUGAUCAACUGGAAGUAUGUUUAGAUGACAACGCAUUUGGACGGUGCGAGCGGGUAGAGGACCUGACCGCUGGCCAAACACUGGCCACUUAUCAGCACUCGUUAAAUGAUAAAACAUUGAGACUGUUGGAGACCGAAAUGCAACGAUUGUAUGAAUCGGGCAAUCGUUGGGAUAAUGAUUAUACACAGUGUGUCGUCAAACAAAUACUUUAUACCCACCGAUUGCAUAUUGAUUACGAUCCGGGAUUAUGCUCACGGCUACUACAUUUGACCGCACAGAGCACCGGGCCCAAAACCAUAGACACCAAUCGCAAGAAACCCUAUUCAACGCAAUCAGACAUUGAAUACAUACCGGACUACGAGUCAGACUUUGCCAAAGAGCUGUUCUUGCGUUUGGACGACAACAACAAAGAUAAUAGCAAUCGUAAAACUGGUGACAAUCGCUAUCAAUUUGAUUAUAAAACAAUGAAACGUAUGGAUAAUAAAAUCAAAAUUGAUGACAAAGUUUUCAAGUUUAUCAAAAAGUUGAUUAAAGAAAAAUUAAUAGACAAUGGCAUCGAUGAUGAUAUUAUAGGCUAUGAUUUGCCGAAACAUAAGAUUGCAGUCGUGGAUGAAACUGAUCUAUCGUUUGAUAACAACAACAAUGACAACAAGCCGUCAUUAUUUUAUGAUAAAAGUGGUAAUAUUAUUGAAUGGCUGCCCAUCAUCACUGAUGAUAUCGAUGUUGUCAAUGAUGAUGAUGUCGAUGAUGAUGAUCAAGAUAUCAUUGGUGUUGUUGAUACCGGUGCUCAUACAGGAGGAAGAGCAGCAGCAGCGCCGGCAGUUGUAUCGCCUGAGUUGUUAGAAAAAUCGAUAUUGAAAUCAGUUUCCCAGUUGAAUGGUGGCGACAUAGACUCCAUGAGCUUACUAUUAAACAGACCAUUAUAUUUCAAACCGAUUAUAACUACUGGUAGUAGGGAUGACACACCUGAUGAAGACAAUAGUAAUGUUGAUGAAGAAAACGGAAACAACAACAACAACAACCUAUUUAGACAACUGAUUGAUGGCAGACAACAACAACAGGAUUAUGGCAACAAUUAUAAUGAAUUACUGGACAAUAACCUGAUGCCAGCUGAUGGCUACAAUGAUAAUGAUGAUGAUAGUCUAGUAGGUGCUGGUGUUGGUGAUGACUAUACCGAUGCGCUAUCAAGCUUUUAUCGACAACAUCGAUACGAUAUUAAGAAACCUGGACCCGGAUAUUACAUACAUGAGCCGGAGGCUGCACUGGGAUCUGAUUCAAAGCAACAACAACAAAUUGAGGAAACUAAUGGCUUGGAUGAUAGUUUGGUUGACUAUUAUAGUAGUAGUAGUAGUCGUGAGAUGGUUGACAACAAUUUGGUUAACAAUCAAUCGGAAUCAGGAGAAGCCCAGAGCACUGGUACUAUCGACAAGAAAAGUGCCGCCAAAUUGAUGACCAGUGGUCAGAGUGUAGAGUCGGCGGUGGCGGCAGCGGUCGAGCCGGUAAUCGGCGGAUCGGAUCGCAGGGCAGAUAACAGUCGUGUUAGCGGUGGAGGAGUAGGAGGAGAGCAUAUCAACCGUUUUGAUAAACUAACACUUGGCAUACAAUCAUCGGAUCGUUUGGCCAACUCGGCUGACAGUAGCCUACUAUCAUCGUCGGCACAUCGGUUGACAACAUUAACGUUGACACUAUGCGGCCUAAUAUUGGUAGCACUGGUAGCCAGUGUUGUAAUGUUUCUCUAUCGGCGAAACACAAAAUUCCGGCAAAAACUACAGGGACUGACAUCCAGAUUGGAUUUAGAGGCCAGCGAUGACUAUCAGGAUUUAUGCCGACAGCGUAUGCAUAAUAAGUCUAAUGAAAAACAGGAGUCAAUACAGGUUACGCCUACCGGCAGUACUGGUGUCCAUACGCGGGGCAAACUGGUCAGCAAACUGUCCCAGCAGUCUAGCGGCGAGGGCGGUAACGGUACCCAAGCUAGUCCACCAAGCAGAUCAUCAACUUCAUCAUGGAGUGAAGAGCCCGUGGCCUCCAAUAUGGACGUAUCGACUGGUCAUCUAAUACUGUCCUAUAUGGAAGACCAUCUAAAGAAAAAGGAUCGCUUGGAUAGGGAAUGGGAGGCUCUGUGCGCCUACGAAGCCGAUCCAUGUUCAACAUUGGCCGCUGGUUUACCGCAAAAUGCUAAGAAAAAUCGCUUCUCCGAUAUCUUACCCUACGAUCAUUCGCGUGUCAUACUCAACGAUAUGGCCAACAAUACCGGAUCCGAUUAUAUCAAUGCCAAUACUAUCACUGAUCACGACCCACGAAACCCGGCUUAUAUAGCAACACAGGGACCAUUGGCGCACACAGUUACCGAUUUCUGGCAGAUGGUAUGGGAACAGGGCAGCGUUAUCAUUGUAAUGUUAAGCCGUUUAAUGGAAAACGGUGUGGCCAUGUGUCACCGUUAUUGGCCGGAAGAGGGUAGCGAAGUCUAUCAUAACUAUGAGGUACAUCUGGUAUCGGAGCAUAUCUGGUCGGACGACUAUUUGGUUAGGAGUUUUUAUUUGAAAAAUUUGAAAACCGGCGAAACCCGUACGGUUACACAGUUUCACUUUUUGUCGUGGCCCGAAAAUGGCGUACCUCCCAGUGCCAAAGCGAUACUGGAGUUUAGGAGGAAAGUUAACAAAUCCUACAGGGGCCGGGCAUGUCCUAUUGUUGUACAUUGCAGUGAUGGGACCGGGCGUACGGGCACCUAUACGGUCAUCGAUAUGGUAUUGAAUCGGAUGACCAAAGGGGCCAAAGAGAUCGAUAUUGCGGCCACUCUGGAGCACAUCCGCGACCAACGGAUGGCAAUGGUUAAGACAAAAGCCCAGUUCGAGUACGUGUUGACCGCCGUUGCCGAAGAAGUUCAGGCAAUACUCAAGGCGUUGGCACAAAACAACUGAUUUGAAUUGAAUGAAUAGUUAGAAGAAUAGAUGAAUAAGAAGUGGAAGAAUAAGUGAACAAAUAAUUUAUUUAAAAAAAAGACAGAAUUCAAAGAUAAAGACAAACAAAUCAACAAAAAAUAUAAUAAAAAUAAAUAACAUUUCAAACAAAACAUCAUAUUUUUUCCAUCUCUUAUAUGAUUUUUUUGUGACUGUUUUUUUUGAGAGAGAGAGAGAGAGAAAACUGAUAUUUUGUUUGAAUUGACUUUUAUUUUUCGUAUUAUUAUUAUUAUUAAUAU